CGAUCGCGCCAGCCAGCAGUGUGUGUUGACGUUAACGAGCGUCUGUCUAAAAUAAAUAUAAAACAUUACUUUCAAUUUGGAACUUAUUAAAUAAUUUAAGUAGAUUUAUUUAGAGACAUUUGAAGUUUUAAAAAUUGUUGCUGUAAUAUUGACAUAUACAUUUAGAAACAGAAGUCACUGUAUAAUGUCGAAACCAAAAGAAGUAAGGAUAUCCGAGUGGUAUUUUGGUGGGCUAGCUUCAGCUGGAGCCGCAUGUAUAACUCAUCCGUUAGAUUUACUCAAAGUUCAAAUGCAAACACAGAAAGGCAAAAAUAUUUCAAUGUUUAAACUGACUGGUGUUGUUAUAAAAAAUCAAGGUAUAUUGGGACUAUAUAAUGGUAUAUCAGCAUCUUUAUUACGACAACUCACGUAUUCAACUGCCAGAUUUGGUAUUUAUGAAAUGGCUAAACAACACUUUGCACCGAAAGAUGGAAGUGCUAUACCAUUUUAUAUGUCUGCAUUCUUAGCAGGCUUAGGUGGUUUUGCUGGAGGAUUUGUAGGAAACCCAGCAGAUUUAGUCAAUGUGCGAAUGCAAAAUGAUGUUAAAUUGCCACCUGAACAUAGAAGGAACUACAAAAAUGCUCUACAUGGUCUCUGGCGAGUGGCGGCCAGUGAAGGUGUGUUUCGCCUCUGGGCUGGCGCCACAAUGACUUGCAGUCGAGCUGUUCUUAUGACUAUUGGUCAACUCUCCUUCUAUGAUCAGAUCAAAGCUAUACUUCUCACCACACCUUAUUUUGAAGAUAAUGUAGUUACACAUGUUUCCUCAAGUUUACUAGCCGGUGCUAUAGCAACGACACUAACACAACCUGUAGAUGUUUUGAAAACGAGAGCAAUGAAUGCAAAGCCUGGUGAAGUGAAGAGUAUGUUGAAGCUUAUCAAAAGUACAGCCAAAGAGAGCCCUUUGGCAUUUUUUAAAGGCUACAUUCCAGCCUUCGCAAGGCUUGCCCCUCAUACCAUACUCACUUUUGUCUUCUUAGAACAACUAAGAAUAAAUUUUGGAAAAGUGAAAAAGGAACAGUAACUAUUUUAAUCUCUACAUUAAUGUAUCUUCAUUAGAUUAUUAUUUUAGUUGCAUUUAGAUACACAUUCGAAUUUUAAGCAAUGCAGUACUACUGCUUUGCUCAUAUAAGAUUGAGAGUGUUCCUGGUCAUAUCAUUCAUUUACUAUUGCUGCAGUAUUUAUAAAAAUAGAUAAUAUUUAAAAAAUUUAAAAAUACUUUUUAUUUUAGAUGAAAUUUUAUUUUAUAUUGCAUAUACAAGUUUAUAUUACAAUGAAAAUAGGACAAUAGUUCCUUAAGUUCCUGAGUCACUAAUUCAUUUAAAGCCUAUUAAGAAUAUUAAUAUAAGAUUAUUAUGAUAAUAAUAAUUAUUUUUGUUAUGACGUUAUAAAACUUUUAUACAUUUUUUUACUAUUAUAUCAUACAUAAAAGAUAAGAGAAAAUCUCUAGAAGACUGUAUAUAAUAAAAGCAGUAUUUCCAAAAUGUACACAUAAAAUUGUAUAAAUCAAGUUUAUAAAAAGACCACAACAUUCCAAAUUUUUUUAUACAAUAAAAAAAUUAUUCUACAUAAAAAAGUUAUAAAUAUAACUAUAACCAUAUACCUACAUAUUUUAUUAUUAUCCAUAGCCGUAUGCCACGAUUGGCAAACACGCGAGUUAGUAUAUUGGGUUAUGGUGAAAGAUAUGCGACAACCACAGCUAGUCAUGGUUGAUUUAUCGCUACUCUUCGGUUUCGGUUCAUAAAAAUCUAAUUAUUUACACUUCACAUGCUUAGUUCAAAACAUUAAAAAUUUUUAUAUUACAUUUUUUUUUUCUAUACCUAUGUAGUAUUUACAUAUUGUGUUCCUCUUUUCCUUUAAAGUUGAGAUAGAUUUGUUUAAAAUAUUAAAAUUAACCGUCUCAUUUUUGAAAAUAUUUAUAAAUUAGUUUAACAUAAUAAUUAUAGAAAUUUUAUUUACUUAAUAAUUAUUUUACUAUUAUAUUAAUAUCACAAUAAUGGCUAUAAUAAUAUUGUGAAACAAAUACUGAAAUGGCUGUGAAUCAUUUCUAAUGAACUUCCAAAAUGGUGCCACCAUUUUAUUAACAGUUUUUAUAGAGAGAAUAAUUUGUGGUAUGAUUACUAUUAUAAUUUAUGAACGCUAUUAUAAUUUUUCUAUAAAUUGACAACAAAUAUUUAUUUUAUUGUUAAAUAUUCAAUGUACUAAGUAUGAGUAAAGAGAAAGUUUGAGAUGUCACAAGUGAUAAUCCUUACAUGCAUGGCAUGUAACGCGAUUUGUUGAUUUUAUAAUUGAUAUUUAUGAGCAUUCCUAGAUUUAAAAAAGUGUGCUGGUUUUAUUUUAUUAUUGACAUGUAAGAAAAAAAUAAGACUAUACGUUCCAUCCUUCCAAUUCCAAUAUUUCCAUCUUAAUAUUUAUUUAAUAUUCUUUCCUCUUUGGGCUGGUACCCAUCUCCAUUCGAGGCAUCCUUAGCUUUAUUUAUAUCUGAAAUUGUGAAUCUUUCAUAUAAAUAGAAAGUAUAUUACUGUAAUAAAUAAUAUACAAAUAUAUUUUAAUAUUUAUGUAUAAAUGGUUACGGUUAAUAUAACAGUCAAACUGUUUUAUUGUAUUGUCGGGUAAGAAAUAUAAAAAUUCCAUAUUUUGUUAAUAUUGACGUUGUGUAAUAAAUGGUUGUUAUUUAU